AUGCUUGCGAUUUUCGACAAAUCUGUUGCUAAAAGCCCAGAGGGUCUCCAGACCCCUGAGUCAAACUCUGUUUCAGCCUUGAAAGACGGGUUUCUUCCACAACAUUUCUCAUCUGUUUACCCUGGUUCCGUCACCGUUAACCUUGGUCCUUCUGGUGUCUUGGCCUAUUCUCUUAAUCAACAGAACUUUCUCCUCCCAAGGCUGUUUGCGGUCGUGGAUGACAUUUUCUGCUUGUUUCAAGGCCACCUUGAUAAUGUUGCUAAUCUUAAGCAACAAUAUGGAUUGAAUAAGACUGCAAAUGAAGUGAUCAUUGUCAUAGAGGCGUAUAGAACUCUAAGAGAUCGCGGUCCCUAUUCUGCAGCUCAGGUCGUGAGAGAUUUACAUGGAAAGUUUACAUUUAUUCUGUUUGACAGUGGCUCUAAAACCACAUUUAUUUCUGCGGAUGCUGAUGGGAGUGUUCCUUUCUUCUGGGGAACUGAUGCUGAUGGAAAUCUUGUUCUUUCCGAUGAGUCAGAGACCGUAACUAAGAGCUGCGGGAUAUCUUCUGCACCAUUCCCAAAAGGAUGUUUCUUUACAACAUCUGGAGGUUUGAGCAGUUUUGAACAUCCACUUAAUGAAUUGAAGCCUGUACCAAGGGUUGACAGUUCCGGCCAAGUAUGCGGUGCAACUUUCAAGGUGGAUGCAGAUGCUAAGAAGGAACAAACUGGCAUGCCAAGGGUCGGGAGUGCUGCUAACUGGUCUAAUAAUAUCUAA